AAUCAAGGUAGCUUAAUCUAGUUAGAGUUUAUAGAAGAAUUUAGAGAAGAACGAUGGCAACUGGCCAACUACUCAACCCAGGUGAUCACAUCUAUACCGAAUGCCUUGGAGGUUCCUACUAUCACCACGGCAUAUAUGUAGGCAGAGGCCUGGUGACAAACCCCAACACUGGAAAAACCCGAACCAUAACAAAUGCAGUCAUUCAUUUCCUUGGACUCGACACCGAAGGCAAAGCUAAAAAAACUAAACCCCAAUGCCAGACAUGUUUUUUCAAGCCCAAGGGUCAGGGAGUUGUAUUAACAUGCCUUGACUGCUUCCAUGAAGGUAACGGGCUGUAUCGCUACGAAUACGGUGUGUCGUUAUUGAGCUUUACUUUUAAAACCAGUGGGAGUUGCACUCCUCGGAGCUGUUCUGAUCCUAAUACCGUAAUUAAGAGAGCAUAUGAUUACCUCCGUAACCAAGACUUCGGAGACUACAACUUUGUGUUUAACAACUGCGAGCACUUUGCCACCAAGUGUAAAAUGGGGAAGGCCCGUUGCAAUCAGGCCUUGUUGGGAACAGGACUGCCGGGUGCCCUGGUUUAUAAUGUUACAAGACGCCUUACCAAAGAUAUACUCUGGUAGAAUAUGUGCAAUUAAUAUGUAAGUAUGUGUGUUUUUGUUAGUUUGAUGGUAUUUUGAUGUCCAUCAAGUUCAGAAAAUGCUUCUGUUCUUGGGUUUGUAAUGGCAAAUAGGGUGGUUAAUUGUAAUAAUAAUUUAGUGUUUCCUCUAUCUCUCUCAAAGUUAACCUAAUUUAAGGUGUGUU